AUGGGUUCCGUGCCAGUGAACAAAAUCACCGAUCACUAUGAGCUAACGUGUGGAAUUUGUAGGGAGACGUACAAGAAUCCAAAGGUCUUGCCAUGUCUUCACUCGUUCUGCCAGAACUGUCUGGAUUCUAAUAUAAGGUAGUUUUUUAUUACUUUCUGCUUAAAGCCGUUUUCAUUCAAGUUCCUGUUUAACUUAAGAAUAAGAAGGAAUACGUUUGGAGCAAAAAUCGAUUUUAGUGUCUUACAGCUGUAUCAUAUAUGUAUUGUAUAUUUUGUAACAGUGAUUUUCUAUGUGAACGCAAAUUCUCACUUUAAUAUUUCAAACGCUUUUAAAAAUACCUUAACUUUGGAUUAUUCCUCUCCAGCAAAAAAAAUUUAUCAUAGAAAAUUACGAUCCAUUGGUGUUAAUUUUUACGAAAGGAAAGUUUGGGAUCAAUGGUUGUUUUGAAUUUUUAAAGAUUUAAACAGUUCACUGAUUUUUUUACGGGUACCUGAGCGAUCACAGCUUACGGUAUAUGCACACUAGACUUAAAGGUAGUUUGCCUAUAGUGAAAAAAACAAAAGUAUAAAAAUGUCAGUUUUCAAAAGAACUAACACAAUUGCCUAUAGAAAAAAAUUGAAUUUUGCACUGAAAAACUUUUCGUUUCGAGCAAAACAGGGUAUGAGCAAAUUGGUGACCUAUCACAAAAUUCACUGAUACUGUUCUCGUUAGUUACUUGUCAAGGGGUUAAGAAAGGACUACCACAAUACUUUCAAGGCAAAAGUAGCUAUCAAAAUCUGUAUAGUCAUAAUAUAUAACCCAAAUAAAAUAAAAAACAGGCGUUAUAUUUUCCAUUUAAUCCUCUUUUGCUAAUACACAUGUACUCGCAAGGCGCGUUAUCUGGCGCCAAAAGCGUCAAUUGGCACACGCACGAGCUAGACUUUUUCAAAGCCCGUCGCUCACGCAGUUGACUUGUGGCAAGUCUAGGCACGAGCCUAACACGUCCACACGAACGAGGAAAGUAGUGCGAAGUAGUCUAUGAUCAUUCGUGUAUUCACGUACAACCGCAGUUGAAAUAAUUGCUUUACUCAAGCACUACCGAGCGUUUAGAGCGCUGGACUUGUAAUCCGGAGACCUCGAGUUCAAGUCCCGACCUAACCGCUAGCUGGAUUUUUUCACGGUAGUCCCGAGUUUAAAUCCUCGGGCACGCUUUUAAAACAGCCAACUGGUUCACCUCCUACCAGUUGGGAUUUUUAACCAUGUUAUGUUCUAUUUAAAUUAUUUUUUUCAUUAUCCCUGAAAAGCCCCAUAAGGGGAGAGGAUGAUUAAAGAAUAAUAAUAGUUAUUAUCAUUAUGAUGAUGAUGAUGAUGAUGAUGAUGAUGAUGAUGAUUAUUAUUAUUAUUAUUGAUUAUUAAGUUCAUCAAAUCUCUGGAAUUUUAUCUGCGGUCAAUUAUUUCUCAGACAGUAGGACACCUUUGCAAUGGCUUAGUCUUAACUGUUCUUCUUAGAAAAGUGUUCCCUUGUGGAAAGUGAAAGAAAAUGACUGUUGAACGAAGGCACCCAUUUCAAUCCGGGAGUUGUCCGUCAAAGCAGAGUAGAGCAAACAAAUAUGAUUCAGUUUAAGACUUUUUACCCUCAUGUACAUUCAAUGAAAACACCAAAUUGCAUCACUUAGUUUAUGUUAGAUGUGACUGAUCACUUUUGAAAACAUUGGGGAUGCCUUUUUAUGUCUGUCAAUCCUAUCAGAUCUCAAGACCGAACUCUUGAGUGUUCAAUAUGCCAGCUACUCGUCCCAGUUCCUGCCAAAGGAAUCGAGGCAUUUCCGCUCAACUUUUUUAUCAACAAUAUGCUGACAGUGCUAGCGGUUCAGAACCCUACCAAGUGUACCAACUGCGAAGAUAGCUCCCAGGCCACAGCGCGCUGCCUGGACUGUGUGGAAAACCUCUGUACAAACUGCGUGUUUGCUCACAAGAGAAUUAGACAAACAAUAGACCACAGGAUUUUAUCAUUCGACGAGAUUCAGGCCAAUGAAGUUAAGGAUAUCAUCCGGUGUCCAUCAUUUUGCUCGGUACAUCCUCGAGAGGUUCGUCAUCAGUUCUUUAUUAGAGACCCUAAACAACAGCGACGGCGACAGCUACGAAAACGUCACUUUAAAAGUGAAGUCUCGCUGCUUCACACUUUAUCACGCUUAUUCCAUCUCGUUCAAUUUACUAAAUGUUGGGGAUUUUCCCUGGAGUUGAAUUCUAAAAGACUGUAUCGAAGUUCAGGAAAAGGAAAAGAAAGUCGUUGUCUAGUUUUCACAUACUCCAUAAAACGUGAAAUUUGGCAUUUUUACGUUGUGGUCCUGCAGUGACUGCAAAGAAAUGUACAAAAAAAGCGUGAUGCACGUGCUGAGCUGUUGUUUUGCCAAUCCUGAAACCUUUUGCUUUUUUGCCGUUCUCGUUGACGUCGCCGUCGUCGUUGCUUAAGCUACCUAAUCUUGUACCUAGGGCACCCCUCCCAAUUUCUAAGGGAAAAGCCCUGGGGACGAGUUUGAAAGACACACUCUUCAAGACAAUAAAUAGUGAAAUUGUAUAUCCCGAGUAAGACUCCAGGCCUUGAAAACCAAACCCUGUUCAGCGGCACUUACCCUUCUAGGCCAAAUAAGGUAGUACCCCCCCCCCCCCCACCCCUGUCCAUACAUGCACCUGUACAUAGUAUUUGACACCUGUCUUGUAUUUGAUUGGCUUCUCAGGUUCUGAAAUAUUUCUGUGAGACAUGCGACGAAGCUAUUUGUCGCGACUGUGCCAUUUACGAACACAGAGAACACAUGUAUGUAGAUCUAAGGGAAGCUGUGAAGAAAUACCGCUCCACAAUCGCAGCUCUGCAAGACAAGACAAAGCGCAAGAUUCCAGUGUUGCGCGCGGCUGUUGAGGAAGUGCAUGACGUGACGCGUGAUCUUAGGGAAAGGGUGGAGGUGGUGAGGAAUACCAUACGUAAUACAAUCCAAAAUCACAUCCGGGAACUUGAGAAACAAGAAAGAGAGCUGAUUGAUCAAUUGGAGAGCAUAUCAGACUCCAAAGAAGAGGUAAAGGGAAAGGACGCGGUUUGACUCAUUGUGGCUGACAUGAGAAUUGUUUAAAAGGUUUUCACUACUGCAACGAUCAGAUCUACAUUUAAUUUUGUUUUUCCGUAGUACACGUCACGUUAAAAUGAACUCAGCAAAUGGUCCGGUCCUCUCCCGAUGUAUGGGCCUUCAUAGCUCGGUAUUCGGUAGAGCAAUGCAGUGCUAACGCAGAUGCGGCCAAUCUCGUUGAAGCCUCGGGUUAAUUAAUCUGCAAUUGCUAUUAAACUGCGACGAUAAUAUCUUCAUAUAAAAUUGUAUUUUCGCUGUUCAAAUCAUCCUCAUUUCAUGAUCUUGUUUCUUAAGUAAAAAACAUUGCUUCCAAUUGUCUCGUUUCAUCAAGCGUGUACAAUACUACUAGCAACGCACAAUGCUGGGGAUAUCCUAGGCUCAGUCUCCAGCCUUGGGUGUCUCGAUGCGCCCGCGGUACUCCCCACCCGAGUCGAGCCGGGUCGGGUCGGGUGGCAAGUACCGCGGGCGCAUUGAGACACCCAAAACUGGAGCCUAGGGAUAACCCUACUAGCGUCCUAUUUAGAUCUAUGGGGUGUGGGGUAAAACAUAUCCUUGUUUAAUACAUCUUGCCACAGAACCAAGUUACGUUAAGGCGUUGGACAACACCUUUGAAUAGCCGCAUAUGCGAGUUAACCUUAUAUUUAGGGAAUGACAGAAGGUGUACAAUGGAAGUACUCAAACACACAAUACGGUACUCCUUAUUUAGAAAAUCUUCAAACGAAAAUCGAGUAGGUAAAGUGCUGCAGCGAGUCAGGAAGUAACUGCGAGCCAAUACUAAAACCCCAACUUUCUCUGAUUUUUAGGUUUUAACAAGUCAACAGAAAAUACUGGAGCUGGACCUUUCAAACCUCCUCAGCAGCUGUGAAUUCACUGAAAAUGUACUCAGGUACGGAAAUGAGGCUGAGAUUAUGCUGGUGAAGCCGCAGAUGGUCAGCAGACUUCAGAAGCUGAAUAAUCACGAAUCACAAUGUGAACCUGAGGAUAAUGAGGUCAGUACUGCGCAUGAUCCUAACUUAAUCAGUCCAACAACUAAAAAAAAAAACGACGCAGAUAUUAUUACAAGAUAAAAAAAGAAAAGAUGAAAAUCAGUGUAAAUUCCAAAUUUAAAGAUAAUCUGGUUGAAAACAUUGCCUUGAUUACUAAACUUGAUGUUUCGUUACUUUGAAACAUUUAAAUCUUUAAAAUGUAAAGGAAAUAAAAUAGAACUGGGAAGCCGUCAUCCGCACUUAUAAAAGGCGGCAAAGGGAAGGAGACUAACUGGAGUUUAAUUUCAUCGGAAAAACGGAAACGGAAAAUCAUAUGUGCAUGAUCUGAAUGCGAGUGCUAUGGGCCAUGACGCUGGUUUUAUAGAACUUCGACUCAGGGAACAGGAACGAAGGAAAGCCAAUCUGAUACGUGUUGAACCCAUUCUCUCGUCCUCAGGUCAUCGAGUUCUCGUCUAAUGAUGAGGAGCUUUCCAAAGUCAUAGCUAAACUUGGGACGGUAUCCACUAGUUACCUGUUCCCUAUGCUGACAUGCGCAGAAGGUCUUGGCCUGUCUAAGGGGAAAGUUGGACACAGGUCAACUUUCAAGAUUACAGCAAAAGACAGAAACGGAGAGCCUUGUGUGACAGGUAUGUGAUAGCGAAAAACAAAGAAAUCUUACUGUCAAAUGAAAACUCGUUAAGGCUACUUAGGAAAUUAUUCUCACGGCGUUUACAGAGAAUUCAUUCCCUCUAGUCAAGAGAAGAUGCCUCCUCUCUUGCUCAAAGAGUACGCCUUCACACACCCGGUGUCACAGUGAUAUGGGCAUCCCCGCAUUUUGGGCCUUAAGUCUAACCCUAACUCAAAUCGCUAAGUUAAUAUGAGAAGGAGAUGCUGGGUUUUGAAACGUGGGGAUGCCCAUAUCACCGUAACACCGGUUCUACUCUGGAUAAUGAUGCAAUUCUCCUGCUCAAAUAACUCCUACUUUAAGAGUGAUAGUCCUACUUAAUGGUAGACAUCGCCAUUUUACGACUCGAAGAUUCACUUUAUUCGCCACUUAAGAAACGAGAAGGAGACUGGGUCGAGUUAACUCUCCUAAAGACUUCUGGGACUGUUAUUCGGGACAGUUAAAAAAUUGACCGGCGAGUCCCCAGUGCGUAACGAUCCCAGAGACAAUCGCGGGACACAUUUCGGCUCCAGUCCUAUUCUCUUCUCUUAAGUGGCAAAAUGCCUCACGUAACUAAGUUAUUUGAUUUUAAUUAACCUUGUUACUGAUCCAAAAGCAUUUUCCUUUCGUAGGUGGAGACUUGCUAUCAGUCAAACUACACUGUCCAAACGGUUCACCAAUCACAGCUGUUGUAGAAGACAACAGUGAUGGCACUUACACGGCUUCCUUUAAACCAGUCUCCAAGGGAGAACACCAGAUCACCAUACAUGCGCGAGGAAAAUCCAUUCAAGGCAGUCCAUUUGACCUUCAGGUUUGUCUUGUGUUGGGUUUUGUUCUAUUAGCUUCCCAAUUUUUGCUGAGAUUUUUAUCGUAUAACGUUUUAGCACUAAUUACUUGACGUAUCGUCCAGGGCAACGUAAUUAAGGUCAAAUUAGUUCGCCCAAGAGAAGAUGCAGGCUUUCCUAGUCCCUGGUCGGCGUUUUUCCAGUCACUCUCGGUCAAUUCACUUCGGUGACGUAUCCGAGGCAAAGCUUGGACCACGUGACCUGAAACACUUGGGUCGCGCGGAGUAAUGAGGCCUAGGAACUAAGCAAGAUGCAGACUAUGUUCACACGACACUGGACGAAUUUUCGACCAGCUGAAAAUUUUGACCGGACACUUUGUUCACACUGGACUGUUCAAAAUUUUCCCUCUGUUCACACGGAACUUUGAACGGCUAAGCGUAUAAACUUUUGUACGGUUAAGGUGGCUCCUUGGGAACGGAACAACUAAACGCACGAAUUUUCAACUGGUCGGUGCUAUGUGAACGUAGUUAUUCCAUACAAGUUCAUUCAGCUAAUCGCAGUAGCCUAUGAAGUGAUAUAUAAGCCACUCUCAUGUUUUUUUAAUCAAAAUGUUUCUAAGCACUAAAUUUUUAGCGUCGUAAGCCAUGUGUUUGUUUUCCCUCCUGAAUAUGUUUACGCGAUUUUAUCGCGCCAAAGGAGCUCAAAAUUACAUGGUCUUAAGAUACAGGUUUUCUCCUUUUGUUUUCUUAUUGUGGCAAUACCUUUCUGUAUUCACAGGUUACUUCAGGUAUAGACUGUACCAAAAUUGGACCAGUGUUGCUAAGGUUUACUCCCAACAGCGAUGACAGCAAUGACGAUUCUUACGAGCCUUGGGGAGUUGCCGCUGAUCCUAACGGGCUGUAUGUCGUCUCAGACCAUCAUAAUCAUCACAUUCAGGUGAGAAUUUAGUCUAAAAUGAAUCCGUCUCUUCACCUCCCCCCUUCCCUCACCAACUAGCACCCUGUGGGGUGGGGGAAGAGACCGAUAACAUUUCACACUAGUGAGAAUUCCCCACUUCAGAAACUCUAGGGAGAAUGGGUACAAGCUUUGGGUCCAGUGAUUUCUGGGAUCGUAUGGGUGGACAAGCCUCAGUUAUGAUUGGUCGAUGGUAUUCAAGGCAACCAUUAACCAAUCAAAAGUAACGCUUCUCCUCCAAGAUCCCAGAAAUCUUUGCACCGAAAGCUUGUACCCAUUCCCCUUAUAGUUUCCGGAGUUUUCAAUUAAAUAAGUUUAGUAUAAAACCAAAUCUCGCAUUCUGAUUGGUUAAAGAGGCGUAAGUAUUUGUGUAAAAUUUUAUACUUGAAAUGCCGGGUACUGAAGGUUGAAAACUGGUAAGCUUGACAUGUAUUAAAACUGUGAAAGGUUUGAACCCAGAGGUCAUUUCAUAAGUAGGUUGAAUAUCAUCGUCCGGAUGAACGCAGUCCGGAAAAGGACUGUUAUUGUUGACACUAACUGACGUUUCGACAACCUGUGCGGUGGUCAUCUUCAGAGUGAAAGAGAGUUGUAUCACGUCAGUUGAUGGUAUUAAACUCUGGUUAUCAGUUUACCUGAUUGGCCAAUAAAGUCGCGAUGCUAUUGGUCUUCUGUCAGUUAAGCCAUGAUGUCAUUGGCUAUGAAGACUCGUAAUGUCACUGGUGCGUUUCGAUCCGUCUAUCGUCAUAGUUAAACAGUCGUUUAUUGUUGGUCAAACUGUCAGUUGUCCAGCCGUUCUCUCGUAGUUAGUUUUGGUUGACAUGUAUUAGACGUAUUUUACUGCGAAAAAAAGCUAGAGAACAAAAAAAUAAUUCUAACUUCUUUUUACCUAAGAUUUUUGACACCAAUGGACGCCUUUUGCACCAGUUCGGCACGCGGGGAAAAGCAGAUGGGCAGAUCUGGUACCCAGCUGGAGUGUGCAUGAGUGAAAGCGGACAUAUUUUUGUGGCAGAUCACGGCAACCAUAGAAUUCAAGUAAGCGAAUGCGCUACUGAGUAGAAACCCUUAAAAAUAGAAUCAAUAUACAAUUUGUCCAAUUUUAGUUCAGGAACAGAUGACACCUAGCUAAUUGUUUUAAUUUAUACCAAUCGCAUGACCCAUUUAAUGGUACUUAAUCUUCCUUGUCUUGAUCUGUAGAGUUAUUUGAUCCCACAGGUUUUUACAAACGAUGGCCAGUUCGUUAGAAAGUUUGGCUCUAAAGGUACCGGUCUCGGCCAGCUUAAAGGUCCAUGUGGUCUCGCCUUGGAUUCAAAUGGUCGGGUUAUAGUCGCCGAACGCGACAAUCACCGAAUCCACAUCUUCGACUCCGAAGGCCAAGCGGUUAUGCAUUUUGGCGUGUACGGAGAUGGCGAAGGCAAAUUCAAUUGCCCACGACAUAUCGCCGUCGAUCAAAACGACGACAUUUUUGUGUCGGAUGCUGGAAAUUUCCGAGUGCAAAAGUUCAACUGUGAAGGAGAGUUUCUGGCCAAAUUUGGAGAGAAGGGAAGCAACAGUGGCCAACUUAGUUGCCCAGCAGGCAUUGCGGUAGAUUCCGAGGGGCACAUUGCUGUGGCGGACUUGAAGAACCUUAACGUACAGAUCCUUGAUUCAGAUGGAGUGUUUAUCAAGAAGCUUGGUGACACAGAGACUAAAAAUGGCGGUGUCUUUGGCAAGCCGACUGGCCUUGCUAUCUCAAGGCACGGCAAUAUCGUUGUAGCAGACAGAGGACAUCAUAAGAUACAAGUAUUCUAG